UCUUGGCAAUAAUCUGGCGCCAUCUAGUGGAGAUCUUGUCAACGGUCCUGGAGAGCCACAAUUCUGCAGCUUUUGAAGAACAACUCACUGGAUUUGCCAUUCAUAUUUUGUCCCCCAAAAGGUCAAUUUUCUUGGCAAUAAUCUGGCGCCAUCUAGUGGAGAUCUUGUCAACGGUCCUGGAGAGCCACAAUUCUGCAGCUUUUGAAGAACAACUCACUGGAUUUGCCAUUCAUAUUUUGUCCCCCAAAAGGAUCCAUUUGAACACAGUAAUGUCAGACACCGAAAUUACCAACAUAUUUGAAAAAAUCAUGAAAGACUACUUGGAUGAACAGCAUCGCAACGUCACAGCCAGUAAAGAGGCCCUGAGCCAGGCCCUUGAGACACAGGAGUUUCAUGGCUCUGAUCUGUACGUGGCAUUGUUCAUGGGAAUCCUCUCCUUCUUCAUCAUGGUCACGCUGGUGAGCAUGGUCAAGUCCAAAAGAAGAGAGCAUUCGGAGGAUCCCUAUCACAACUACAUUGAAACGGAUUGGGGUGCCAAGAGCCAUGUUCUGAACCUGGGGGAUCUCGGCUGUCACAUCCAGGAAAACAAAGGAGCCCGGGAAUGUAAUGAUGUUGGAACCCCUUCUCCAUAGCGUCCAUGUGCUUUCCUUAGC